AUGGAUGGGGAUAUACCUAAUAUAAAGAAGUGGAUUGUGUUCUACCCAAUUUACAUAAAUUCAAAGAAAAUGAUCGUUGAGGGUCGGCGGAAAAAUUCUAGCAAAGCGUGUGAAAACCCUACUUGCGUUGAGAUUGGUGAUUGUUGUAGCUACCUCAAACUCCCUUUUGCUAUUGAGAUUGAUAAGGCAUAUCCGCGUGAUUUUAUGCAAAGAGGGAGGGUGAGGGUUUUGCUAAAAAGGAAGAUGGGACUCUGUGGAAUGUGCAAUCUGGCUAUAUCUUCUAGUAAGCAGUCUUCUUCAUUUCCUUAG